AUCGAUACUAAAUUUAGGUAAUUGAUUACAUAAUCAAAAUAUCCAUUUUAGGUGAUUAGUAAUUGAGUGUUCAAUUGUCCAACAAAUUGGUAAAGCUUCUACUUCAUGCCAAGCAAACCUACCAUAAGUUGCAUUAUAUUAUAUAAUAUGAUCAUCAUAUAUUCAUAUGAAGAAAUUAAAAAAAAAAAAAAAAUCAACAAGCUAAAGAAGCAUUUUUUUUCCACAUAUUGUUGAACUUAUUCAAGACUUGGUUGUCAAUUGUUAGUCAUGAAAGAAAUCAGUGGGAAAAGAAUGGCAGUGUUGGUAGGGUGCAACUAUCCGAACACGGAAUAUGAGUUGCAAGGUUGUAUCAAUGAUGUAAUCGCCAUGAAACAUAUGCUUAGUAAGAGGUUUGGGUUCGACGAAAAGGAUAUCGAGCUACUAAGUGAUGAAGAAGGCUCUUCGGCCUUGCCUACGGGUGCUAACAUUAAGAAGGCACUCGAAAACAUGGUUGAUCGCGCUAUGGAGGGUGACGUGCUCUACUUCCAUUAUAGUGGCCAUGGGACGUUGAUACCUUCUUUGAAGCAAAAUGAGCCUCAUAGAAAGGAUGAAGCUAUUGUGCCUUGUGACUUCAAUCUCAUCACAGACAUGGAUUUCAGGCAACUAGUAAACAAGUUACCUCCUAAGGCAAGCUUCACCGUUCUCUCAGACUCAUGCCACAGUGGAGGCCUAAUAGACCAAGAGAAGGAGCAAAUUGGGCCGACAACGAUGGCAUCAGAGGAUCAAGCCCGAUGUUCACGGCCCAAGUUCAUCCCAUAUGACCAAGUCCUCCAAAAGCUCAAACAACUCACAAGCAUAGACACCCCUAACAUUGGUAGACACUUGAAGGAACACUUCAAAGACCAAGCUAGCCUUAGCUUCUGCCUCAAUAAACUCGAUCAAGCUCAACUAAGCCUCGAACGAGCAACCAAGGAUGAUUAUGGAAUUUUGCUAAGCGGGUGCCAAUCUAAUGAGACUUCAGCGGAUGUGAGCUUGGAGGAAGGCGAAGGUGGGGAGGCCCAUGGCGCAUUCAGCAAUGCAGUUCAGAAAGUUCUGAUGCAGAAUUCAGGACGGCUUAGCAAUAAAGAGGUUGUUACAAAGGCUAGGGAAGUGUUACAAGAACAAUUGUAUAAACAACAUCCUUGUUUAUACUGCAGUGAUGAGAAUGCUGAUGCUACUUUCCUGCUGCAAUCAUAGAAUCAUAGGUAUAUAAUGUAUAUCUAGCAAUUCUAAUACAUUCAUGUCAUAAAAUUACAUAUAUACGAAGUACUAUAUAGGUUCAUAAAUCAGAUCAUCGUUCAACUAGAAGAUUAAGAUUUGUAAUUAAUUAGUAUGUCACUAAUUAUUGUACAAACUUGUUUGUUAUUUACAAGAAUAUGUACCUGUUAGGUUAAAAGUCAUUGCUUCUCUAAUCCUGUCAAUCAUGUUAAUCCCUACUACUUCCUCCAUUCGUUUCAAA